AUGACACAUGGCAAACUUCCAUUGAAACGCCUCCAUAGUACACAGAUAAGAGAAAUUGGGUCUUCAUUGAAUUUUUGUUGGCUGUUGCUGUGCAGUAAGGUGGUGAGGUUGUCGAUUGCCCAAGUUCUGACUGUGGUUUCACCGAAGCAGAAGUCUGCAUUGAGAGAAGUGUACAAGAACAAGAAGUAUUUGCCACUCGACCUUCGUCCCAAGAAAAUGAGAGCUAUUAGAAAGCGUCUCACAAAACAUCAGGUAUCAUUGAAGACUGAAAGGGAGAAGAAGAAGAUCUAUUACCCAUUGAGGAAGUUUGCAAUUAAGCUGUUUUGUCUAUUUUGGUUGUAA